AUGCUGGCGCCGCCAUGGACAGGCCCGACGACAACGACGACGACGACGUCAACGACGAUGGCCACGACCAGCGCGAUGGUCAAUGGUCGCUGCAUGGACUCGCCAGCGACGUUGACGCUCAAGCGCUCGUACACGGCCAUGGUCGGCGACCACGCGCUCGACCUGGCGAGCCUUAGCCGGAUCUUUGCCGCCGUGACGCUCGCCCCCGCCGGGAGCCUCACGGACGUGCGACCUGACGAACGCUUGACCGUGGAGGCCCAUCUGGUGCGGCUGCUGCGCAAGUUUCGUCCCGAUGCACCCGCGCCUGUGCUACAGAAACUGCCCUCGCUCGCCCGUAAGCUCGAUGCGAUUCUCUUCCAGCUCGCACCGACCAAAGCCGACUACAUGGACUGCUCGACGCUCUCUCGUCGGCUUGCGGCCAUUGGCGACGCUGUCCAGAACAAGAAGCGCAAGGCUGUAACCUAA